AUGCGUUUCAGAGAUGUUGGCUUGAAGCACUCGAGUUUCAUAAUUCACCUGACCUCGGGUCGGAAGUUGAUCUUCUACUCGACCUCCUCGCAAGAGGCUCAGUAUCUUUUCGCGCUAAGCAGUCACCUCCACGAGCACCAGACUGUGGCUCAUCUCGCCUCCCAACAGUCUGCACGGCAAUUGGAGCAGCAAGAUCGAUUGCAAUACAACGAAGCGUACGUCUACAGUGCGGGCGAGGUGGUGACCACGCGACGAAUCCACGCCGCACCAGACAGUCAGGCGAAGGGAAGAAUGUUGAUGGAGACAGUGGAGUCGUCGCUCUUCCCGCAGCUCUCCAAUUCCAAUCUCAAAGGUGAUAUGGAUGAGCCAACUCAAUCAGUUUACAUAUGA